UAUCUAGUUUCAACCGACAAUUCAAUGGUUUGAUAAUCAAUUCGCGACUCCAUGACAAAAUUCUAUAUUUAAUGAUGUAACAAUUACACGUUUCUGUGUAUAAAUAAUUAAAUUGUAUGUUGCUUAUCCUGAGUAUUGUGCAAUGCGGACGGUACAUUUAAUAAUUCGCUUACGUGAUAAAUAAGUGGCAUGAAAAAUAUUUGCAAGCAAUAAUACAUUGCCAUUUUAGGCUUAGUCCGCUACCUAACUGAAAGUGUUAUUGACCAAAAUAAGAAUAGGAAUACAUAGUUCUAAAAAGGCACUUCGUAUAUUAAAAAUUAUACAUUCUUCACAAACUAUUGGUCGCUAAAGGACAUCCUAAAUAAGACGAUAAACUAUACGUAUUUUAAGCAAGGAAUUAAAGUUGGAGACCACAGCACAAUGAAGUUUUUAUUUGAAAUAUUAAGACUUUUUAUUAAAAAGCCGUCUUCGGGCGGAACCCUCAGAGCUUGGAUACUUUCCGCACUCAUGGUACAUGGAGCAGUGGCUGGAAACCCGGACGCAAAACGGUUAUAUGAUGAUCUUUUAAGCAACUACAACAAAUUAGUUAGACCUGUUGUUAAUACGACAGAUGUUCUAAAAGUUUGCAUUAAAUUAAAACUUUCACAGCUUAUAGAUGUGAACCUAAAAAAUCAAAUUAUGACCACCAAUCUUUGGGUCGAGCAGUCGUGGUAUGAUUACAAACUUCGUUGGGAACCUAAAGAAUAUGGUGGAGUUCAUAUGCUGCAUGUUCCUUCAGAUCAUAUAUGGAGACCGGAUAUUGUCCUUUAUAAUAAUGCUGAUGGUAACUUCGAAGUGACUCUUGCAACUAAAGCCACAAUUUACUCAGAAGGAUUAGUUGAAUGGAAGCCACCAGCAAUAUACAAAUCAUCCUGUGAAAUAGAUGUAGAAUAUUUCCCAUUUGAUGAACAGACCUGUGUUCUAAAAUUUGGCAGUUGGACUUAUGAUGGGUUUAAGGUUGAUCUGAGGCACAUGGAUGAACAACAGGGCAGCAACGUUGUUGCUGUGGGUGUGGACCUAUCUGAAUUUUAUAUGUCUGUGGAAUGGGACAUUCUCGAAGUUCCAGCUGUUAGGAAUGAAAAGUUUUAUACUUGUUGCGACGAACCAUACUUGGACAUCACAUUUAAUAUAACAAUGAGAAGGAAGACGCUUUUUUAUACUGUUAAUAUAAUAAUACCGUGCAUGGGAAUAUCAUUUUUAACUGUAUUAACAUUUUACCUUCCAUCGGAUAGUGGAGAAAAGGUCACACUAUCUAUCUCCAUUCUUAUUAGUCUUCACGUGUUCUUUCUUUUGGUGGUUGAAAUUAUACCACCAACGUCAUUGGUUGUUCCUUUGCUGGGAAAAUACCUAAUAUUUGCCAUGAUACUUGUGUCUAUCAGUAUCUGCGUGACGGUUGUUGUUUUGAACGUUCAUUUUCGUUCACCUCAAACUCAUAAAAUGGCACCCUGGGUUAAGCGCGUCUUUAUUGACUUUUUGCCAGCGUUUUUAUUCAUUAAAAGGCCGACGUACAACUUUGAAACGAGUAAAUUACUUUUAAAGGACACACAUGCUUGCUUUUAUCCUUAUUAUUCUGCAACAAAUAUCGAUCGACUCGUGUCUUCAGGAUACAACAAUAGUCUGCCAAAAGAAGAUUUAUCGCAAAGCAUUACGGCGAAUGGACCAUUUGGAGGAAGUUGUCAGGUUCAUGGCCCAGUGCCGCCACUCACCCAUUGUAGUUCAGACGAAAUAGCCGCCGUCCCCGAUAUGGAUAUCGGACCCUUAGGGAUGAAAAGUCCCAUUUUAAAUAAUCCAGCAUUUUCCCACUCUAAAUGCCUUCCUAAAAUUCACAAAAGCUGUUUUUGUGUGCGCUUUAUUGCAGAGCAUACAAAAAUGCAAGAGGACUCAACUAAAGUUAAAGAGGAUUGGAAAUACGUUGCUAUGGUAUUGGAUAGACUUUUUUUGUGGAUAUUCACGUUGGCAGUUGUGGUUGGGACCGCCGGAAUAAUUUUACAAGCUCCUACGUUAUAUGACGACCGCAUCCCGAUUAUUGAGCAAAAGGAUUUGGACUUUUCAGGAACAUCAGCCGGUCGCUGUAGACCUCCACAAUAACAUUAUUAUAUUAAAAGAAUUUAAUUUUAAACUGAGGUGUAUCAGAUUAUUAUUACAAAAUGAACUUUAACUAAUAUUUUCUGCAGGAAAAAAUGUUAAAAAUUACAUAUGUGUGUAUUGAAGGCUUUAAGUAACAAAUUACCUAUUUUUUAUUUUUGACCACAUUUAGAUAUUCCAAAGUAAUUUGGUAUUCUUAGGCACUUCAAACCACGACAUUUUUUUUAUUUAUCCUUGUCAACGAACUUAAAGAAUAAAAUUUUAACAUUUUAAUCUUAAACCAGAAAUGCAGAAAUGUUGAUUACGAUCUUACAUAUUCGAAAGAGCACACAAAACAACAAAUCCAUAAAGUGUUCAGCUUUUCAAAUAUACAUUUACAAGAAAAACGGUUUAGUGUGAAAAUAGCUUCGAAGAAGUGCAAUCAUCCGUUACUCGUAGAAAAAAAGGGUACACUAGAUUCGAUGAAGGAAAAGGCUUAAUCGCAUAAGGAGUAUUAAUUCGAUGCAAUGUCCGUCGGUUAGUCUGUAUAAAUGUCAAGAUGUCUCAGCUUAAGUUUGUUUAAGAUUGUUGCCAUGCCCGCAUUAACGAAUAAAACCCGCUCAAAACUGUCACCCAAAUAAUUUUCAGCUCUACGACGCAUAUUAAAAAAAGAUGUCUUGUACAUUUUUUUUAGAGCAAAGGCUAUUGAGGCAUUCACCAGUCGCAUGUCGACUACCCCAUGCAAAUAAAUGAAACUGUAAACUUGUUGUGCAGAUUCUACCGUACUUUUUUUUCAGUCGGAGAAUACCGACUGGCUACGCUUCAUGAGGAUACAAAUUUUUAUGAGAUGAUUAGUAUUUAUUUCAUAUUUAAUUAGUAAUAGCAUCAUUUAAAAAUUAAUAUCUUUGUGAGUUCGAUGUAGUUGAGUUUCCCAACUAUUAGAUACCUGUUACUCAACUAGUAGAAGUGCGAACAAGAAAUUUUAAAAACUUUAUUGCAUAUGGAUAAAAAUUGGGAAAAAAUAAAAUGAAGAAAACAAAUUUUUUAAUUUUUCAAAAGAAUGGGCGAUAUAGUUCUGGACGGUUUGUUUGUCUUCGAAAAGGCGUGGCCAAAAUGUUAUAAAACAAAAAAUUGGCAGGACAAAUAAUAAACGAAAAAACACCAAAACAUUUGUCAGAAUGUUGGGCGAGGCAGUCUUACCUGGAUCGUGGGCGUAUAAAGAUCAACUUAAAAAUUAACUUUCUAGCUAUCAUGGCCACAUCGAGUCGGAUAUUGAGAAAAAUACUUAACAGGGUCUGAGACGAUUCCAACUACUUGAUACCUACUUUAUAUCGAAUCUAGUACACUCCUUUAUUCAAAGGGUAUUAAAAUUCCGAAAUAGGCAAAUUAUUUCAAUAUGUCAAUAGACAGUUUACAAAAACUCUUAUAUAUAAUAUACAAUGUAUGGUAUUGUUUUCAACUUGCAUUUUCAAUCACUUAUUCGUACACUUAAGUUCACUUAUGUGCGUACAAUUUUUUUCCAGGACAAUAUUAAUUGACAUAGCAUAACAUUUUGGAGGCGUUACACAUGUCGUGAGCAUUAAGUAUUUCCGGCGGUUCUAUUUAUUUUGUUUAUGACAAUAUUCAAUUUUAAUUUUAAACACGAAUGGAUAUAUAUUUUCUAGCCAUAUCCGUUUGCUCGAAAGCUUGUCUGCUGCUCUUUUUUCCGCCCGAAAGAAUCUUGAGAGGUUACGAACUUUACAUUUCGGCAAGACGAUUAUUAUAUAUCCUUGAAUGGGUGUGCCGAAAAUAAACAGUUUUUAUGUUGAAUAUCUUCAAAUAAUUAUUCGACGGUUCAUAUGACAGCUACAUAAGUAUUCGAAAUAGUUUUGAGAUUAUAAUUGAAAUAAACCCGAAAUGUUCAAAUAGCUGGUAUAUACCGAACUGAAGCCUAUCAUGAUCAGAAACAACGAAGCUUAGAUUUCAUUCCCAUUAUUUAUUUUAUAUAGUGGUCGUCUUUAACCCAUAUUGAAGCAAAAAUAAUUAAUGACAAAACGCAGAACAAAACAAAUUAUGAUCAAAACAAAGGAAGAACCUUUUAUUUUCUUACGAUUAUUCUUAUUCCAGCUAUUUUAUGAGUGGUCCGAUCCAGCCCCUUCCGACUUUUUUAUAAUAAAAAGAGACUUGUUCACAAAUUGUAUGCAGAUAAUUUGCGUAGAAAAUGACAGACAGACGGAUCUACGGUCAUAGCUAUAUCGACUCGGCUGUUAACUCUUGAUACUGAUGACCGAAAUCAAUAUGCAACGGUAUAAAAAUAACAUUAUUACAUUUACAUUAACAUUUACAUUAUAAGAAAUAUGAGAUCACAUCUCAGACAAAUAGUCUAACCCUACGAGGCACGUAAACUUUCCGUCGUACUGAAGUCUUAAACUCUGCAAAGUCCUGUCACCCUACCCUUGUACGGGUGGUUGUAAAUCAAUCGUAUAACUUUGUUUCUUCUCCCGCCCACUUAGCGAACCGAAACCGCCAACAACGCUCAGUGCAGUCGCCCACACUUCUUUUAUGUUUGACGCACACGAACCGCCCAAAACUCCAACGCCCACACUUAUAAACAUUUCAUUUAUUUUUGUCAUUUUAAUCCACAAUAUCUAUCGAUAUGACAGAAAAACUAUGAAAUUUCGCGUUGGCAAUUCCGCUAGCUGAGUAACGGGUAUCUGCAAGUCAAGCAUUAGCAUUAGUCGUUCUCUCUUGCAAACAAUCUAAUUUUCCUUUUCCAUGCCCCAAGGAAUUACAAUAAAUGAAACCCCUCGAAUUGCCAAUCUCGAAAAAAUUAGUUUUUUCUGCCGUUUUUGAAUAUCUGCACUUCCUUCGUAAUCCCACUGGGUAUCUCGCAUAUGAUGGUCAAAGAAAUUUACUGUUUUUUUGAUUUGUUUUAGAAAUACUAUUUUAAAUUUGUCUCCCUGCCUUUGUUGUUUUAAAUAAAUGGAUGGAGAAGGCAAAAGAGCCGACGAGCCAUGGUAUUUAUACAUUUUAAAUUGAUCCAAAAAGUAAAAUAAAAGUAGUUUGCUAUAUCUAGAUGGCGUUGAAUAUUACUGUCCAACUAACCAAAGUUCACUUGUCUCAGAUUUUAACUUAAUUUGGAGCUUUAUACAGUAUACAGAAGAUUUUAUUUCACCACCUAUCAUAAUUCAAAUUAAAAUUGUUUUUGAAAUAGUAAAGCGGUAAAUUAAAAACUAUAUGUCUAUGAAAAUCUGUCUAUAAAAAUAUGUAUAAUUUGAUUAAAUUAAUUUUUCAUUUGUAAGAAUUACUAUAAUUAUUUAAAAUUUAAAAACUCUUGUACGGCUUUUUGACUCAAAAUCUUUGCUUACAAAAAAGAUUUGUCCCCGCAUAAGUCAACACGGUGUUGACAUGGUGUUCUCAUGGUACUCAAAAAUAAUUAAGUAUGUAUCAAAGUAUUAGUGCGAAAAAAUGUGAAAUAGAAAGUUAACAUUUUAGCAUAUAGGAAUACAACUAUUAAAAUGAAUUUAAAUGUAUGAAUUUGUUACAAAAUAAAGUUAAUUUAU